AUGGCCUCCGAAAACCCCCCAGCUGGUACCCCACUAGCAGAGCGGGCAUCGUUUGCAGAUUCGAAGGGCAAAGGCGUUGAUAUGUCAGAAGAUCAAACCUCUGGUGGUGUUGAAGAUGCUCAAACUGAUGGAGCCGCUUACCGGACUGGAGCCUCCAUGCUUCGUGACUCCGAAUAUACUGUCAACGUCCAGCUGAGUGACCUCCAGGCGGAUCCGAACAACCCCCUAUACUCCAUCAAGAGCUUCGAAGAGCUUGGCCUUGAUGAGGCUGUCCUCAGAGGCCUGCGUGAAAUGCGCUUCAGCCGGCCAUCAAAGAUCCAGGAACGCGCCCUCCCACUUCUCAUGGCGAACCCGCCACAGAACAUGAUCGGACAGUCACAGUCUGGUACUGGAAAGACCGCAGCUUUCGUCCUCAAUGUGCUCAGCCGUCUGGAUGUUUCUCCAGGAAUGAUCAAUGUCCCACAGGCCCUGAUCCUCGCCCCUAGUCGUGAACUUGCCCGCCAGAUCGUGGGUGUCAUCCAGGUCAUGGGUUCGUUCAUCGAAGGAUUGAAGAUUGCCACCCUCGUACCUAUGGAGUCGAACAGAAAUCAGCCCGUGGAAGCGUCUUUGGUAGUGGGCACGCCUGGAACUGUCCAGGACUUUAUUCGAAAAAGGCUGUUCAAUACACAGCAUGUCAAGGUCUUGGUUCUAGACGAAGCAGAUAACAUGUUGGAUCAGCAAGGUCUCGGUGACCAGUGCAUUCGCAUGAAAUCGUCACUACCAAAAACUACCCAGAUAGUUUUGUUCUCUGCCACUUUCCCAGACUCUGUCGUCCGAUAUGCCCACAAGUUUGCACCCAAUGCCAACCAGCUUACUCUCAAGCACGAAGAACUCACCGUCGAGGGAAUCAAACAGCUGUACCUGGACUGCGACUCGACAGAGCAUAAAUAUGAAAUUCUCGUAAAGUUCUAUGGCCUCCUCACGAUUGGAUCCUCCAUCAUCUUUGUAAAAACACGUGCCUCUGCAGCUGAAAUUGAGCGCCGCAUGAUCGAUGAAGGCCACACAGUGGUGUCUCUUACCGGUGGUGUCGACGGACAAAAGCGUGACGAGGUCAUCGACAGUUUCCGCAAGGGUACGGCUAAAGUACUCAUAACCACUAACGUCCUUGCACGAGGAAUAGAUGUACAGACCGUGUCCAUGGUUAUCAACUACGAUAUACCGGAACUCCAUGCUCCUGAUGCGGGAGAACGUGUCGCAGAUCCGCAGACCUACCUUCACCGUAUCGGUCGUACCGGACGAUUCGGCCGUGUCGGUGUUGCUGUGUCCUUUGUUUCAAAUAAGGAGGAAUGGACGAUGCUUAUGGAUAUCCAGAAGUACUUCGGAACCGAUAUUAUGAGAGUAGACAGCAGAGAUUGGGAUGAAGUCGAAGACGUCGUCAAGAAAGUCAUCAAGCCGUCAGCCAAAUAA